AUGCCAAAGCCGUCGCUGCCCCACCUCCCUCUCAAAGACAUCCGGCGGGCGCUUCUGCUCCCCUCGCAGCAGCAGCAGCAGCAGCAGCGGCAGCAGCCACAAUGCCUGACUGCUGGCAGUGAGCCGCAGCAGCAGCAGCAGCAGCAGCAGCAGAAGCAGCAGGACCUCGACGCCAUGCAGAGACAGCUUGGAGUAGUUACAGAGGCCGAUCUGCUGCGGGCGCUGAAGCAGCUGGCUGAGUCCCCCGUCUUAUUUGCCCCGCAGCAGCAGCAGCAGGAAGAGGCGCAGCAGCAGCAGCAGCUGCUGCUGCUGCAGGAAGCUGAUGUUGCUGGUGGGGGCCCCUCAAGAAACACCCCUGACUAUCCUCUGACGUGUCUUUGCCAGACGCAGGGCGUGGGUGGCUCUCGCGGGUGCAGCCGCUGCAGCAGCAGCAGCAGGCAGCAGCAGCAGCAGCAGCAGGCCGCCUCCAGCCGGACCCUGCACAAGAGAAACCAACACAGGCCGCAGCAGCAAGCGCCUGAGAAGCAGCAGCUGCAGCAGCAGCAAACGAACAGCCAGCAGCAACUGGCUGCGCCGAGCCGCCGAGUGGGGGGCCUCGGACGCAGCGCUGUGGAACAGCAGCAGCAGCAGCAACAGCAACAGCAGCAACAGCAGCAGCAGCAGCAGCAGCAGCAGCAAUGGAUUGACUUCGGAGAGGCUCUCAGCCUGCAGAAGCAGCUUGACGCUCUUAUGCGCAACGCGCUAGAAGGUUUGGGGCCGGCCUCGGGGGAGAGCUCCCCGCAGCAGCAGGAUUGGCAGCAGCAGCAGCAGCAGCAGCAGCAGCAGCAGCAGCUGGGAGGCGGCAUCGGCAGCAGCAGAUUCAGCCACUACACCUCCGGGGAUGUAACCCCCACCAGCAGCAGCGACUGCCGCACUCCUCAGGGCACGGCUUUCUCCAUUGAGUCCCCAGGUGUUGCUGCGCUGCAGCAGCAGCAGCAGCAGCAGCAGCAGCUCGACGGCCUGGGAGAUCCAGCAGCAGGAGCCCUCCAGGGGACAACAGCCGUUGCGCUGGCGCUAAAGGCCCGGGAGCUGCGCGACGGGCUGCUGGAGGAGCUGCAGCAGCAGGGACUUUCUGCUGAAGCAGCAGCAAAUAGAGCAGCAGACAUUUUAUGUGCUGCUCUCGCUUUGACUCGACCCAACGCCAAGAAUGAAACAGGCAAAAACUUCCUCUCAUGGCUACAGGGUGAGCAGCAGCAGCAGCAGCUGCUGCUGCAGCAAGAGCUGCUGCAGCAGCAGCAGCUGCUGCUGCAGCAAGAGCUGCAGCAGCAGCAGCACUUUGUCGCUUGCGUGCUGUCUCGCGUCUCGGCCCUCGCAAGCUGCAGCAACGUCAACUUCCCCCGCCGCUUCCGCUGCAACAAAUGUGGGGCCCCCAGGGGCCCCGAAGGAGACGCAAUAGUUGCAGAGUAUGCGAAGCAGGUGUACAGACACCACCUGAGUACGUUCCGGCUGCUGGCGGAGAGCCGGGGGGGGGAGGCGCCGUUGAAGCGGCUGCGGGGCAAGAAGAAGCAGCAGCAGCAGCAGCAGCAGCAGCAGCAAAGGGCCGUCGCUGCUGCGGUCCUCGGGCUCGCUUCCCUCUCCCGCAGCAGCAGCAGCAGCAACCCCACUCUCCCCGCCAGGCAGGUGAGGGCCCCCGUGCUGCCGGCCUCCUUGGCUUCCACGGUCUGCGGCCUCACGGGCAGCAGCAGCAGCAGGAACGGCCGCAGCAGCAGCAGCAGCAGCAGCAGCCCCUGCAACUCCCUCUCCCUCGGCGCCAGCGAGACCAGCCCCCUCAGCUCCAGCCCCUGCAGCAACAACGCAGCUCUGCAGCAGGCAGCAGGCGCUGCUGCUGCUGCUGCUGCUGCUGCAGCGGACAGCCCCGUGGGCGCGGACGAGGCCGCUGCGCCGCCCGAGGCCGGCGGAGCAGCAGCAGCAGCAGCAGCUGCUGCUGCUGCUGCUGCCGAGUCCAAACUGCACUUUGCGUCCCAUGCUAUUCACUGA